UUCUCUCGGGAUAAACUGAUAAAGGUCGAUAAAGAAGAGAGAGCGACACAAACGACGCAGGUAGUGAGAAAAUGGAGAAGUACUUUGGAAAUGCAUACAGAGGAGACCCCGGUGUCCCGCACGCUGACCCGGAACGAUUCUUCAAUAUAUGGCUCGGAGCCAUUGGCUUCUCUGUUUGCACUUGGAACAGUCCUUACUUGUGGCAGCUUUCCAAUCAGUACAAUUGGCAUGACAAGGCAAUGAUGUUUGAGCAUUACCACUGGAAGAAGGCGAAGGCGAAGAAUCAGCCUUACAAAUUUAAGUGGAAUCAGUACAUGGACAAAGAGCUCCGAGAAGCAUAUUAUUACAACUGGCCUGUAUACUUCCCUUAGGCUUUUCUGUUAAAUAUUUGUGCUUUGUUACUGGUGUUUUGAGCAAUGAGACUGUACCCUGAAGACAAGUUUGUGUUUCCGCUUCUUUCCCCCAUCCCCUGAGCGUCUUUCAGCUGCUUUCAAAGUUUAUUAAUUAAUAUUAUGAUCUUUUGUUUGUUACUAA